UUAAUACAUUUAAAUUAUUUUUAAUUCAAGAAUAUACUAUAAUGCAACUAGCAGAAUGGCUCAUCCUAAUGUACGAUUUCCUACUAUUCAUGGGGAAGGCAUUUAUUUACAUAAGUGAGGCUAUUAUUUUGACGUUCAUUCCAAAACGUUAUCGAAUAAAAUCUGUAAAAGGAGAAAUUGCAUUGAUAACGGGAGGCGCUGGAGGAAUCGGACGAUUGAUCGCGAUUAAGUUAGCAAAACUUGGAGCGCACGUUGUCAUCUGGGACAUUAAUAGAAUUGGAUUAAAGAGUACAGUUCAAGAGAUUAGAGAUAAUGGAGGGAAAUGUUGGGGUUAUUAUUGUGACAUCACUAAUAAGGAAGAAGUUUACAGAAUGGCAAAAACAGUGGAAAUCGAAGUUGGCUCAGUAACGUUAUUGAUAAAUAACGCAGGUUACGUAUGCGGAAAAAUAUUUUGGGAAUUAUCCGAUGUUGAAAUCGAUCGUACUUAUAAAGUGAACAUUCUCUCUCACUAUUGGAUUAAUAACGUAUUUCUGAAGGAUAUGAUGAAAAAUAAUCAUGGUCACAUUGUAACUGUGGCAAGCGUUGCAGGACUUUUAGGUAUUUACAAAUGUACUGAUUAUUCGGCAACUAAAUUUGCGGCCAUCGGCUAUCAUGAAAGUCUUUUUACUGAACUUAAAACUCACGGUUACGAUGGAAUUCACGCCACUUUAAUUUGCCCUUACUUUAUCAAUACAGGCAUGUUUCAUGGAGUAGAACCAAGAUUGCCAAUGUUACAACCUGAAUAUGUCGCACAAGAAAUCGUAUCUGGAAUAUUGUUGAAUCAAGCUGUUGUUGUAUUGCCUGGAUCAGUUAGAUUUCUUCUACCAUUAAAAUGCUUAUUACCGGCAAAACUAUGCUGGGCAUUAAUGUACAAUAUUAUACGAGGACCUCAAUGUAUGAUGAUGUUUAAGGGAAGAGAGAUGCAAGUAUUAAAAAAUAAUAAUAAUAUCACAAUAAUGCCCAAAAAAACUGUACAUUAAUGUUUAAAAGUUCCAUAUACAAUGAUCUAAAUGAUUAAUAUAAAAAUAUUAUCUUGAUUUUGAUUAUGAAAUCAUUACAUUUAAAUACAUAACUAAAAUUUCAACCAUUAAUUUAUAUUUUACUCAUUAAGUAUAUUUAUAUGUACCUGGAAAUUAUAUUAGAUAACUUUAUUUUUUUAAUAUUACGUAUAUUUGUAAUAUAUAUAAAAUGUUCACAAUAAAUCAUAAAAAUAAUGUAAUCCUUGACCAAGUUCCCAAAUAGAUAUACCUGUAUUUAAUUCUGCUGCAAGAUCCAAUCGAUGUAAAA